AUGUUGUUAUUUCUCGGUCUUUGGAUCCUAAAUGCCGCUCUUUGUUUAUCGACGCCUAGUUCCAAAAAAUCUAUGGAAGGCACACUCAUAUCGGAUAAAGUAAUAAUAUACCAAGCACCACAUUCAGUCGGAGAGGUCAAUUGCCAAGAAAAGAUCGAUUUUAUAUUUCACUUACGCGGAGAAACAAUCGAACUGCGAUUAACUUUAAACAAAGAUGAUAAAAGCACACCUGUAUUCUAUGUAAAUGACGAGAACGGAGAAGAAGAAUCUCGAACUGAACAAUUUGGAUCAAAGAGAAAUCGUACAGCUGUCUUCAAAGGAGUUGGCAGUUCUUUUCUGGUGCAAUGCGAUGAAAGAGGCAGUAAAUACGACCCAUGUAUGUGUAAGAUGAGUGGUAGGAUUUUUCACAAAAAUAUUAUGUAUGGCAUUCUGCCGAACUUUAUAUCUGAUAAAAUAUAUUCUAGACUGGAAGGAAAUCAUCGAAUACAUGGGUAUUUCCACCAGGUAUAUGAUCUUUCACUGAGUAGUAAUGAAGGCAGUUUCACAUUUUUCAAUCUGCCAAAAUUUAACAAGAACGUAUUUACGUUAGAUAAGACUUUAUUACAUCGGUCUAAGAGAAGACGCGUGCGCUAUGUUAUAGAAAUUGGUAUUGUAAUAGACAGUAGUGUAUAUGAAUUCUUUUCUAGUCAACUGCCUCAUCGAUUUCAAAACGAUAAUGAUUUCCUAAUCUAUUACCUCACGCAAUAUUAUUAUUAUACCUCAGAAAUCAUUGAUCACAUAUUUCAGACACUUUCCACAAUGGAAUAUAGUGUUUCAGUAACGUGCCUGGGAAUUUAUAUGUGGAAUAUUCAUAAACCGUCACCGUGGGCAGAUGAUGGCAUGGGCGCCGAGCAGACACUGACGUUGUUCACGAAUUGGUUAAAUAACGAAACGAGUUCAAAUUUGGUGAACUACGACCAUGUUCACUUUGUCACAAAAAAAAAAAUUGUUUUUCCGAAUGAUAACGAAACGGGUUUAACUUGGGCACGAGGAAUAUGUUCGAAAACGGGCACCAGUGUUCUUUUUGAAAGGUUUUCUAUAGUCUCCGCUGUAAUAGCUUCUAAAAUGAUAGCUCAAAAUAUAGGUUUAACCGCAGACAAAUGCGAAACUCGCCUGCAGUAUGUCAUGUCGAGAGGAUUCAAUUUUGGCCAUUUGGAGUCGGCAAAAAACAGCAUUUUUCAGUUUUCUAGUUGUUCAGUAGCGCAGUUUAGGAUUGUAAUAAGAAAAAAUAGACAUAUACCUUUCUGUUUCACCGGAGAGGUUACAGCAAAGGACGACAGUAUAACCCUAUUUCAUUUAAGUGACACAUUUAAACCUGGUCUGGAAUUCUCUGCUAAUGAGCAGUGUAAGGACCAAUUUGGAUUGUCGUCCAGUGCAGACGGAUGCCAAAAAGAAAAUUUCAUUAAUAGAAAUACGCUCUGUAAACGACUUUUCUGCUUACAUAACUCAACAUGCGUGGCGAUUUAUCCUCUCGAGGGUACAUCGUGUGGUACGAAAAUGUGGUGCCAUAUGACACAUUGUCUAUACAACAUAAGAGCUCCACAUCUUCUCAAACAUUGUUGGCUCGGAGAUAGAUUGCAUGGGGUAAUACCCGGUACGUUUAACAUGACAUGCAAAGAUAUACCCGACGGUUACGACUAUUUCUGCUACGAUCCUAUGGUCAGGAGAGAGUGUUGCUGGACUUGCUACGCCUUGAAAUCCAAAAUGAGCCAAUGUGAAUACGGAGACCGAGUAGAACACUGCUGGAGUAAGGAAUGUCCAUUUUACAACCACACUUAUCGGAUUCAUGACUGUUGUCAUACAUGCGGACAUCUUAUGCUCAGCGGCAGCUCCACUUUCUUACGACCUAACAACAGGUAUCGCAUCAUCAAAUUCGCAGCUAUAGCAAUGUCUGUCAUCUUUACUAUUAAAGUCGACGUAGUUUAUUUCUUCUUUGAUUCAGUUAUUGGAAAGCCACCUUAA